AUGGAUUUCCCACUAGACAAGACGUUCUUCACUUCUGAAAGAAACGCCUCGAUCUUCAACAAAGUCCUUGAAUCUACAGCUCAGAAUCUCCGGUUCUUGACAAGAUCCAUGCCUAAACCGGUAUUCAUAUUCAAACCGCUCCACGAGUCUCACGUCCAAGCUUCCAUCAUCUGUUCCAAGAAACUCCGAGUUCAUCUCCGUGUCAGAAGCGGUGGUCACGACUACGAGGGUUUGUCUUACGUCUCGCAUAUCGAAAACCCGUUUAUGUUGAUUGACCUCUCAAAGCUGAGACAGGUCAACGUUGAUAUUGAAGACAAUAGUGCUUGGGUUCAAGCUGGUGCUACACUUGGUGAAUUUUACUACAGGAUUGCAGAGAAGAGCAAAGUCCAUGGGUUUCCGGCGGGUUUGUGCUCGACCGUUGGCAUAGGAGGGCACAUAACAGGCGGUGGAUACGGUACCUUGAUGAGGAAGUUUGGUCUUGCUGCAGACAACGUGCUAGACGCAAAGAUGGUUGAUGCCAACGGUAAAUUGAUUAGCAGAACCGCGAUGGGCGAGGAUCUGUUUUGGGCGAUCAGAGGAGGCGGUGGAGGGAGUUUUGGGGUAAUUCUAGCAUGGAAGAUCAAGCUUGUUCCCGUUCCUCAGACUGUAACUGUCUUUACCGUUACCAAAACGUUAGAACAAGACUCAGGGAACAAGAUUCUUUCCAAGUGGCAACUAGUUGCGGACAAGCUUGUUGAAGAGUUAUUCAUCAGAGCGAUCUUUAACACAGCUGGAAACAAGACUGUCACGACGUCGUACAAUGCCCUGUUUCUUGGGAACAAAGGCAUGUUGAUGAAUGUUAUGAAGGAGAGUUUUCCCGAGCUAGGGCUAACAAGGAAAGAUUGUGUCGAAAUGAGCUGGAUCGAGUCCGUUGUGUCCAUUUCUGGAUUCCCGAGCGGCACUCCUACUAAUGUUUUGCUUCAAAGGAAGUCGUCUUUCGCAAAACUCAGCUUAAAAGCCAAAUCCGAUUUCGUCAAGAAUCCGAUUCCCGAGUCAGGCCUCAUCGGGAUGUUCAACAUGUUGCUCAAAGAUGACUCGCAAAUGAUGAUAUGGACUCCUUACGGAGGAAUGAUGGCUCAGAUCUCUGAAUCUCAAAUCCCUUUCCCGCAUAGAAAAGGAGUCAUCUUCAAGAUCCAGUACCAAACAGGCUGGCGAGAAAGCGAGCAGAGACCGAUCACGCAUAUCAAGUGGAUAAGAGAUAUGUACAGUUACAUGAUGCCGUAUGUCUCAAGCAAUCCACGACAAGCUUAUGUAAACUACAGAGACCUUGACCUGGGAAAGAACACGAAAGACGACGCAGAGAUGAGCUUUAAACGAGCUCAAGUCUGGGGAGCAAACUACUUCAAAGACAAUUUCAACAGAUUGGUGAAGGUUAAAUCAAAGGUUGAUCCAGAUAACUUCUUUAGACAUGAACAGAGCAUCCCAACUCUGCCUGUUCUAAGCUUUAGCUCGUGA